AUGCCUCUCAUUCAUCUUCCUCCUCCGUCGUCGUUUCUUUCUCCUGCUGCUGCUGCUGUAGUUGGACCCAAUGUCAAGUCGCUGGCCGUUUACGCCGGUCUCGAACCGGACUCCUUUCUGCACCUCUUUCCACCCGCGGUCCGCAAAGAACAGGGCGCAUGCUACCAUCUUAACACCGGCAAGGUAUAUGGCCAAGCGGAUUGCAUUAGUACCCUCAUCGAUAAACUGGACAAUAUGAAAUUCAGUCUCGAAGAGCUGAGAAAACGACCACGACCGCCGGAUCUGGAUACAACGCGUCUUGAAACCUACCUCUCCGAAGAGGACUUCGAAGUGAGUACUGCCUUUUGUAUCCUAUUAUCUGGCUCACCGUUGUCAGUUCUAGUUUUCCCUAAUAACUACUGUGCUCGCUCUCCGUGGCUGAUUAGCAGAUAG